UUCGCUUUCAAUCAAACGGACUGCCACCAUGUCUCUCCUCGGAAAGAAGUUCCCCACCCCCGUUGCUAAGCCUCUGGGCCCCUUCUUCGCUGCCGGUGUGGUCAUCCUCUACGGCGUCAACUCUUUCGCCAACGUUCUCAUGAACACCGCUGAGUUCAAGAACGACCCCCGCAACCCCAACGCCAAGAACCAGAAGCAUUAAACUAGCCUUUACCGAGGUUCGGGCACGCUGAGAUAGCGAAAGAACGAGGGUCGUGGGUAGUCUGAGACCCCGAUUGCCGAGUCGCCGGUGAUUCGUUUGCGGGCAUUUACUCUGUAUAAGCUUAUAGAAGAUACCGUCCUAGGACAUAUGGCGAAUUGACAAGUUGUAUAACAUAUUUUUCUCUGAUGGAGGUUGUACUAGUUGAAGUAUGGAUGAAACCUCUCGGAAGAUGAUACGCCGGUGUGCGGCGUUUAAGGCGGGCUGGGGCAACUCGUAGUCACUUGCCCGAGAGCUAGCGGCAUUGCAGUUGGGAUAUGUGCACGGUGCAGCACUAGGUUGAGUUCUAAUGAGUGCUGG